CGUUCGUUCUUGCAUACAUCCAAGCUCAAAGCUCAUAAUUCACAAACCUCAAAGCUCUUUCUUACAUAUAAUAACAAUCUGCGAAAAUGGUCAACUCUACCUCUAUCUCUGCCUUUACCUCUACCUCUACCCCUUCUCGCGUCCGAUCAGCAUUCGGAAGGCUCAAGUCGGCUAUAACCCCAAGGAAACCUCGAGCUGGACUCGAGCGUCGUGUCGUCGAAAUCGCCUGUGCUCUCUCUAAUUGCAGCUCUUCUGCUUGCGCCCACCCGGUCUACACCCUCCCCGCACUAGACUCGGACCCCUUCUUCUACUCUGGUAUGCUAUCGGACGAGAUGCCCAUCUUCGAUGUCACCACCUCGCUGGACGAGGAGGAGGACAUUUCCAUUUGCAUCCCCCAUAGCGACGCCGAGAGGGACUCUCUGGUAGACGUCACCUUCUCGGAGCUGUUGGAUGAGGACAUUUCCAUUUGCAUCCCCCGUAGCGACGCCGAUAGGGACUCUCUGUUAGACGUCACCUUCUCGGAGCUCAUGGAUGACGAUCUGGACCAGGACGACUGGAUGACCGAGAGCGACUCUGUCAUUCCUGCUUGUGGGCUCGACGAGGAGAUGCUCACAAGCGUCGUACUCGACUUUGCGGAGUUCGAUCUUAGCAUCGAGUUCCCGGACGUGAUCAAGAAGGAGGUCGCUGUCCCCCUGGUUGCCGCUACGACCUUGACCGCCUCCUCUUCUCCCGUUUCCUCUCCUCAAGCGCUGGUCGCUCCCACCAAGGCCAAGGUCAGCCUCGCUACUCGAGCCAAAGUAUCCGCCGGCGCUUCCGUUGCGUUGGCUACUCGACCUGUCGUACCGAAGAUCAAUCCGCCCAAAACCAAGGUCAGCCUCGCAACUCGGGUGUCGCUGGCACCGCCUACCUCUCGACCUCGAGCCAAGGCCGGUGCUCUGGCCGCUCCCGCCAUCCCCACUACCGGUGCAAGCAAAUCUCGAGCGGUGGUCACUCCCGCUGCCCCUCGACUCACCGCGCCUAAAGUCAGCCUCGCUGCUCGGGUCUCGUUGGCACCCCCCACCACUCGACCUCGAUCGGCUCUGGCACCUGCGAUCGCCCCGGCUCAAUCUCGGGUCCGACCUGCAUCUCAACCCCAAAAACCCAAGGUCUCGCUGGCGAACCGGGUUUCUUUGGCUCCUCGUGGCCGCGGCGCCGAUCGGGUCCUCCCCAAGAACAGGAUCAUCUUUGGCUAAGCGUUGAUCGCUUUGGCCUCAUGAUCAUUUCCGUUCGUGCCGCCGGCCGACUCUCGGUCCAGCUCUCUCAUAUGCGAGUUUCAACAUCGUCGCUGGUCGACUUCGGACUUUCAAUUUCGCUCUCGGAUUGGCAUCAAGCUUGGUCUCUCGGUUCCUUUCUCUCUCGGGUUCGCUUCAAGAUCGGUCGCUGGCGAUCAAGGUCUCUUUUCAAGGUCGGCAUACGGAAUACGAUACACAACAAUAAGGUCUCGGGU